AUGUGUAGGGGUUGUCCCCCUAUCAUUCUUGGCGGUCUUACCUUAUCCUAUCCUCGCAACGUCAGGGGAUUGCCUCCUCGGUUGCAGAGCCCUGGAUGUGUAGGGGUUGUCCCCCUAUCAUUCUUGGCGGUCUUACCUUAUCCUAUCCUCGCAACGUCAGGGGAUUGCCUCCUCGGUUGCAGAGCCCUGGGUGGGAUUGCCUCCUCGGUUGCAGAGCCCUGGGUGUGUAGGGGUUGUCCCCCUAUCAUUCUUGGCGGUCUUACCUUAUCCUAUCCUCGCAACGUCAGGGGAUUGCCUCCUCGGUUGCAGAGCCCUGGAUGUGUAGGGGUUGUCCCCCUGUCAUUCUUGGCGGUCUUACCUUAUCCUUCUCAUCCUUUCUAA